AUGACAUCCUGUGACAAGGAUGUCAUCUGCGUAUUAAAGGAUGCAGGUUGUUUCUUGCAGGUGGAUAUCCGCCAAAGUCCUGAACAGGACUGCCACAAAGCGUCAGUGGUUGUCUGCAAUGUCCUGACUCAGGCUGGAUUUAAAGCUUCACACCAGCAACUACACUGUGGAUCCAGAUUUCAGAUCCAAGAUGUGUUUGGGGAUGAAACCGACUGGAUUCCCAACAUCACAGAGGAGGUAGCAAGUCUUCCAUACACACCGACUUGUAAUAGCCCAGAGGACAUGUUGGACAGAAGAUUGCAGCUACUCAAAGAGAUUUUAAUCAGUGAAGAGACCUACCUGAAUGAGUUGGAAACUCUGCUCAUGCCUCUGAAGGCUCUCAGGGCCUCAGCUGGUACAUCCCAGCCUGUAUUGUCCAUUGAGCAGGUCCAAACAGUGUUCUACCAGCUUCCAGAGCUCUUAGAUAUCCACACUGAGUUUCACAGAAACCUCAAAGCAAAACUACAGUUUUAUUUAGAUCUGGAGCCUGGACUUCCUCUGCAGCUGAGCCAUGAGAACCUUGACAUGACUGUGGGAGACCUCUUCAUCAAAUUUGUGAGCCAGUUAGGAGUGUAUAGAGGAUUCAUUGAUAAUUAUGAAAAUGCAGUGGACAUAGUGAAAAAAUGCACCCAGUCAGACCCACGAUUCCGAACUCUUGCCCAGAGCAUGAAAUUCACCAAAGGAUCAGACAAUUCCAGAGCUAUGUAUACCUUUGAAGCUCUCCUGUACAAGCCCCUAGACAGAGUGACUAAGACUACUCUUGUUCUGCAUGAUCUGCUCAAACACACGCCAGCUGAUCACCACGACAGUGCAGUGCUACAGGAAGCUUUACGUGUCUCAAGUAGCUUCCUGUCUGGUGUUAAUGAAGGUUCACAGUGCAAGACUUCUGUCACUCUUAGCAGAGGAGAGAGACGACAACUUGUGCGUGAUGGAUUUGUAGUGGAAGUCUGUGAUGGGGGACGGAGCCUCAGGCACCUUUUUCUUUACACAGAUCUACUGCUUUGUGUUAAGCUGAAGUGUGGGGCUAUGGGGAGGCAGCCUUACUACAGGUUUUGUUGGUAUAUGCCAAUAGCAGGACUCAAGAUGAAUUGGGCAGCAGAGACAGAAGCAUCAGCUGACCUUCAGCUUAAAAUCAGCAAUAUGAGAGUAAAGGUGUUCCACUUGAGGCAAACAUUCCAGCAGUUAAUGAAAGAGAAGAAGGAUUCGGUUUGUCGUGCUGCUGAUCGUUGUAGAAGAAAGCUCGAAGCAUGCGAAAGUUGGCUUGUCACCCACAAACCUUCUUUUAUUUUGGAGCUACAUAGCCACAGUAGUAAGAGUCACACAAUUCACUUUCCUUCAUUCUACGAGCUAGACGAGUGGAGAGAAGCAAUUAACACCUGCAAAGCAGAGAAUGUAGAGACAGUGCCACCAGACUUACUCUCUCUCACCAACUCCUGUGUCAAACUAAGAAUGACUCAACAGCUGCCACUUUGCUGCCUACAGCCUGACAAUGAGAAAAACAGCAUGUGUGGCAGUGUGGCAGUAAUUGUGCAUUCAGCCUGUGGCCUACAGCAGCCAGCCAGUGUCUAUUUGUGUGUUGAAGUUGAUGGCUAUGAGAUUUUUGACAGAAGAGCUCAGACAUGUCUUUCAUCAUACAGUCUGAUGCCACAGUGGGAUCAGGAGCUGGAGCUAAAGGUAGAUGGAGCUCAAACCAUUCGCCUGCUGUGUGUCUCUCAGUCAGAGGAGAAAAUUUUGGGCAGAGCAAUUAUACAGUUAAAUCCUGUUGAUACACUGAAAAAGUGGAAGAAAAUGAAAGUCAGUUUGGGCUCAAUAGAAGUGAUGCUGUCAAUAAAAUACUCACCCCAUCUACUCGAGCCUCCCAGUUCAGCCCCUCUUCAGCAAAAACCUGUGUUUUGUGUGCUAAUUGAAGAUGUAGCAAGACAAGAGCAUGUGCUGGUUCCUCAUAUAGUGCGCUCCUGCGUUGACGAGGUUGAGAGAAGAGGAAUGGAAGAAGAGGGUAUUUACAGAAUUUCGGGAGCCAGUAAUGAGAUUCAGACUCUGAAACAGGCAUUUAACACCAAUUACUGGGAGGCUAUGAGUAAGGUGAGAAGUGCGGAUGUGAACGUAGUGUCUGGCACUCUCAAGUUGUAUUUAAGAGAACUGCCUGAGCCUCUUAUUCCUUCUGAAUAUUUCCAGAGGCUCUCUAAAGCAAUGGAUCUGUCGGACACAAAUCUCAGAGCGACCACUAUGUUGUCUGAGCUACAAUCCUUCCCUGAUGUCAAUCGCAACACGCUUCUCUUUCUCCUACAUCACCUUAAAAGGGUUGCAUUAAAGGAGGAAAUGAAUAAAAUGUCUUUGAGUAAUCUGGCCACUGUGUUUGGCCCCACUCUCAUGCGCCCCCCAGUGGUCAGUCUAGAUCAGUGCGCUCUAUCAGUGGACAUCUCUCAAGAGGUUGAAGUUCAGGUCCAUGUGAUUUACCUCUACCUCCAGAUUCCUAAUCUUCCAGAAGCUCUCACUACACAACCACUGGAUACUGAGGAGGACUCAUGAAAGUAAAAUUACUGCUAUGUUCUAUAUAUGUACUUAUACCAUGGUCAGUCUGAAUACUCUAUUCUGAUUGGCUGGAAGGAUUGGGUUCAACCUGUUGAAUAUACAAAUAGUUCCAGUCAGUUUAUGCAGCUUUGUAAAUCAAUACUUUGCCUUAUAAACACUUGUAACUAUAUUGAGUCAUUCACUAUCUAGAAACUAUUUAUUAUAAUUCAAAUAAAUGUAAUCUUAUCAUCCUACUUUAUCUCAGUGUGUGAUUUAGAGCAAUCAGAAUUCUAGAUCUAACAUAAUAUAUAAAAUUACUUCCUAAAACUGAGUUCAUUUUUAUCCUUACAAAUUUUGCACUGCAAACAUCACUGACUGCUUUAACUUGUCAAUGCUGGCAAGAGACCAUGGUAUAAGCAGGAUAAUCCAUGGCUAGGUCUGUUUUACCUGAUAUUAAUGCAUUCCUCUUGGUGUAACGCACUGGUGUAUAUAUCUAGACAUUGAUUAUCCAUUACCUACAUAUAAAUUAUAGACAAAUAUUAGACUUUUUUUUUGAUAAGCAAUAUAUAAGAAAUAUAUAUCAUGUUUAUUUAUUUUAUUUAUUAUAAACAGAUUAAUUGUAACACCUUUGACAUUGCUGAGGUCAACAGAAAUUUUUAUUUUGU